CAGGUCAGAGUCCUCGGGUUCAUCUGCUGGUUCGGCUCUAGGCUCCAGCCAGCCACACAUUCGUGCCAUUUACUGUAUCGGGCCUGUCAUUGUUCGUCUGUGUGACACUCCUUAACUCCUCGAGUCUUGCGUCAGGCUCGAUUCGCAGCUUUAGCAGCAGCAGAUGUAAGGACCUAUUUUGUGGUACCCUUAUGUGACGCAGCAGAUCCUCCCUCGAUUGCUAAGUUUUAUCCUUCAGCUCGCUCCGUCAGAUCUCGCUACUAACCUAAUCGCUGCUCGUUUGGCUAGUAGAGAGCUUGUUCAGUUGCUUUUCGUGCUGCUGCCGCUGCCUUCGCUGCAUCUGCUGCUGCUACCGCAUCGCGCUUCGGUUGACCAAUCCCGCGCGAGACUCUUGCGAAGGUAGUGUGAGAGAAACCGAAGGAUCUUCCCCGUUGAAGCUUCGUCGGCUGGGACCACACUUUUGCUGCCGAAACGCCGGGCGGAUCGAGCCUUGCUGACCGUUGGAUCAAAUCAACUUGCGAAUUCAGCAGCGUCCUCGAUGUUGGCAGGGGGAAACGGAGCCGUUUUGGCUCAGCGGUUUCAGUAUUUCCUCGAUAAGUCGACCCCACAUUAUGGGCACAGAUGGAUCGCCACACUCGUAGUCGCCCUCAUCUACACCAUUCGCGUGUACUUCCUACACGGGUACUACAUCAUCACCUACGGGCUCGGCAUAUACAUGCUGAAUCUGCUCAUCGGCUUCCUCUCCCCUCAAGUUGACCCGGAGGCCGAGGGGCCAGUGCUGCCAUCCAAGGGCAACGAUGAGUUCAAGCCCUUCAUCCGACGGCUACCAGAGUUUAAGUUCUGGUACGCAAUGACCAAGGCGUUCGUCAUCGCGUUCACGAUGACCUUCUUCCCCAUCUUCGACGUGCCGGUCUUCUGGCCCAUUCUGCUCAUGUACUGGUUCACGCUCUUCGUGCUCACCAUGAAGCGCCAGAUCCGCCACAUGAUCAAAUACAAAUACGUCCCAUUCUCCUUUGGGAAGCAGAAGUACAAGGGGGGUAAGAAGCCCGCGAGCAGCGAUGACGAUGCUGUGCCCAUUACUAAGUCAACUGCCCUCCCUGCCAAGGUGAAGGAUUAGUGCAUGCACACACUCCUUGAGAAGGCGUUCAACUUCUAUCGGUUUCUACUCUUUCUCAAGCAUACCUAUUACCUACUGCCCGGCCUCCGUCUUGUGCUUUGGUCCCUUCAUUACGCUUAGCUUCAAGCUUCUGGGUUGAGUUGAGUAGCAUAGCAUGCGAUGCCAAGGUCCCAUGGAAAAUAGCGAUUCAGAAAGUUCUGCCGUUGAAGAACCAGCACGACAUGAGUGUUGAGCAUUUUAUGCCAGGAGAGAGCUUGAUGCAUAUAUUUUAUAUCGUAAUUAUGUUGCCAAAGUC